UGUAAUUUUGUUUGGUUCCUAAUUCUACAUCUUAAAUUUAUGUAAAAACUUUAUUUAAUCCUUUGCCUGCUGCAGCCUAUCGAGGCUAGUGAGCACAAUUUUAACUUGAGGCACAAUUCUGCAGCUGAUUCACACAUGCACACACACACUAACUUUGUGAACACCAUAUAUACAGAAAUGGUUUUGUAUGUGCCUUUCCACUAGAUAUGAAAUUUGCUGUUUAAUGUCUGUAUGAGGUUAACUAACCAGUGAAGGUAGUUCCCUUAAUUAUUUUGUUUUCUCUGGUUUAUUUUGUGAUGCUAAGCAGCUGGCCUCAUUCAUGACUUACCAAAUUGACCUCCUAUAAAAUGGUAAUUUAACUCUGAUGUAGUAGAUGAAAAUACUUAGCAGAGUUUGAAUUAUAUUGGUUUUGGAUGUUUGUAUGCAGUGCCUGAAGCAAGUAUCCACCAGCUGAUAAAAGUAUGUUGGUAAAUUCUUGCUUUUCUGCAGUACCGUGAUAAGAGCUUAUUCAGUUACUGUAAAUUUCACUUGAGGUACCAAAAUAUUUUCCAAAAGUAACAAAGUGGUUUCAGCUGUGCUUUACAGGUAUAGAAGAAGAAAGCUGUAACAUUGUAAUUGGAAAGUCCUGGGCUAAAGGCAGUAAGACUCUCUGCAUUUAGACCUUGCUAUACAUUAACCUUUCUGGCAUUGAUGGUACUGAUAUUUUGAAGUUACUUGGUAUAAACUUGAACUGUAUUUGUUUGCAGCUGUUCUUUGGGAUAUUUGAUACCUAAUGCGGUCGUAGAAGCCUAGAAUGGUUUGGGUUGGAAGGGACCUUUAAGAUCAUCUAGUUCUAACCCCCUCCCAUGGGAUACCUUGCACUAGACCAGCUUGCUCAAAGCCCAUCUAGUACUUCCAGGGAUGGGUAUCCACAGCUUCUCUGGGAAGCCUGUUCCAAUGCCUCACCACCCUCACAGGAAUUUCUUCCUAAGAUCUAAAUCUACUCUUUUUCAGUUUAAAACCAUUCUCCUUUGUUCUGCCACUACAGACCCUUGUAAGAAGUCCCUCUCCAGCUCUCCUGUAGUCCCCUUUAGGUACUGGAAAGUGAGUCUCCCCAAAGCCAUCUAUCUCCUCCCCAGGCUGAACAGAUCCAGUUCUCUCAGCUGGUUUUCUUAGGAGAGGAGCUCCAGCCAUCUGAGCAGCUUUGUGGCCUCAUCUGGUCUUGCUCCAGCAGCUCCUCAUCCUUCUUAUGCCCCCAUUCUAGAGGGCAAACACUCAUACUUCCUAAAAAUUGUGCUGUUCCAGAAUGUAUUACAUUGUGCUUUAAAAAACCCCAAAAUUUUAAGUAGAAAUCACUUGUAAUAUUCACUUCAUGACAGUUAAUAAAGAAUUUUUUAAAAUUCUGAUCUUUUUUAUUCAGUUUGAACAGGUGUUCAGAAUCACACACUUCUCUUCCAGUUCCACCAUGCCCUGCAUUAUUUGUCAUCUUUUAACUGAGACAAGCUUUUUGGAGGUAUUCUGUUGUAAGGGUUUAGGCAGGAAGACUUUGUUGGAAAUGAAGACAGGUGUCAUAAAACAUAAUUGUACAUAGCAAUAAUUCAGUUUUGCUGUUAACAAGUUGUUAAUAUUACACAUGGAAUAUGGUAGGAGCACAAGCAGAGAUGCAGUUGUUUCAUCAGCUUCAGGGUCUCUUGUGCUGAACUGCAGGAAGAGCCCCUUCUCUAUAAUUUCAUUUACCCAAGGGCUGUAGUGAGCGUAGGUGACCCUGGAUCAUUGAUUCUGGGAAGAAACGGGCAGUUGAAGAAAAACACCUUCUAUUCUGCACAAAAAGCCUGAAGUACCUGUGGCAAAGACCAGGAAAAUUGUAGAAAUGGAUUAAGGAAUUACAAAGCUCAGGAAGAGAACGCUUUGUACUAGAACGUGCUGCUCCAUUCUCUGCUUUUUUGAUGGACAGCUUUGGGCGGCAGCACAAUUACUUGCGAAUUUCGUUGACUGAGAAAUGCAACCUCAGGUGUCAGUAUUGUAUGCCUGAGGAAGGUGUUCAGCUGACUCCAAAAUCAGAGCUACUAACUGCCCAGGAGAUAAUCACCUUAGCCAGACUGUUUGUGAAAGAAGGUGUGGACAAGAUCCGACUGACAGGCGGAGAGCCACUUAUCCGUCCCGAUGUGGUGGAUAUUGUGGGUGAACUGUACAAGCUGGAAGGGCUGAAAACCAUUGCUGUCACAACCAAUGGGAUCAACUUAACCAGAGUGCUGCCCCAGCUGAAGGAAGCAGGACUGAAUGCCAUUAACAUUAGCCUGGAUACUUUGGUGCCAGCUAAAUUUGAGUUCAUUGUCCGAAGGAAAGGCUUUCACAAGGUAAUGGAAGGAAUCCACAAAGCCACUGAACUUGGCUACCAUCCUGUUAAGGUAAACUGUGUGGUGAUGCGAGGCUUCAAUGAGGAUGAAGUGCUGGACUUUGUGGAUUUCACAAAGGAUCUGCCCCUUGACGUGCGGUUCAUAGAAUACAUGCCCUUUGAUGGCAAUAAAUGGAACUUCAAGAAGAUGGUGAGCUACAAAGAAAUGCUUGAUACAAUUAAACAGCGAUGGCCGGAAUUGGAGAAAUUACCCUGUGAGACUUCCAGCACAGCCAAGAGUUACAAGGUGCCACAUUUCCAGGGACAAAUCAGCUUUAUCACCUCCAUGUCAGAGCACUUCUGUGGAUCCUGCAAUCGGCUGAGGAUAACAGCAGAUGGGAACUUAAAGGUGUGCCUUUUUGGGAAUUCAGAAGUGUCCUUGAGGGAUCACCUCCGGUCAGGUGCUUCAGAGAAGGAGUUGAUUCAAAUCAUUGGAGCAGCAGUGGGCAGAAAAAAGAAACAGCAUGCUGGCAUGUUUAACAUUUCCCGGAUGAAAAACCGGCCAAUGGUCCUGAUUGAGGCUGCAUUGAUGUCAUUCCCACUAUGCCAAGAUGCCCUACAGAAUUCCCCAAAUUCAAAACAGUGGGGCCACACAUUUAGCGAUUGGCUGACUUUGAGAGCAAGUUUACCCAAACAAAAUGGAAAAGCAUCAAUGAAAAAUAAAUUCACAGGACAAAUUUUCCUACCAGGAUCUCACCCAGAGAAACAGUGGCACUUAGCAACAGGAAUUCUACAAACCCAGCUCCGAGGCUACUGUGUCUUCCAGAAGGACCCAAGCUCCACAUUUGAUACAAAGUGCCUUGAUGCUUCUGUUGGCCAAGUUCCUGUGGACUGUCAAUCCAAAGAGGCAUGUUCAGGAUCUGAAUUCCAUACCAGGGAUUCAGGAUCUUCUGCCAAGGUACCUCGUGCCUCUGACAACUUGACCCACACUGAUGAGGAAGGACGGGCCACAAUGGUUGAUGUUGGAGGGAAGCCAGAUUCCAGAAGAAGUGCUGUUGCUGGUGCCGUGGUCCUCCUGGGUGAGAAGGCAUUCAGGAUGGUGAGGCAAAACCAGGUGAAGAAAGGGGAUGUGCUGGCAGUAGCCCAAAUUGCAGGAAUUCAGGGAGCCAAGCUGACCAGCCAGUUGAUCCCAUUGUGUCACAACAUCCCUCUGUACCAUGUUGAGGUGUCUCUGAGCCUGGAUGAGGCCAGGCAUGCAGUGGUGAUUCACAGCUCCUGUCACACCUGGGGGAGGACAGGUGUGGAGAUGGAGGCUCUCACAGCUGCCAGCCUGGCUGCGCUGACAGUGUACGACAUGUGCAAAGCAGUCACUCAUGACAUUGUCAUCCAAGAGGUGAAGUUGAUUAGUAAGACAGGUGGGCAGAGGGGAGAUUUCUCAAGGGUCUAGAUAAUAUUCAGAUACCUCCAGCCCUCCAAGUGACCACUGUUUCUGUUCAGCCUCUAACAGAAGUUCUUUUGCUCGGCUGGUGGGCUUGGAGACCUCAGCAGAUGUGUACAGUACGGCAACCCCAUGCCUCCAGCAUUGCCUUACUCUGUCAGCUCACUUGAACAGUGGAGCCACUUAUCCCUGUUGAAAACCAUGUGUAUUUUCUAGAGGACUUCUCCACUCUGCCAGUACCUCCAUUUCAGUGUCCUCAUGAUGAGACUGAGAAAAGAUUCCUGCUUAUACCACAGAGCUUUUUGGAUUUAUUUUUUUUGUUUUUUUUUUUUUUUCCUUUGUGCUGUGAAAUACACCUGCUGUCAUCACACCGUGCAACUGUGAGCUCUGGAAAUUAAGCCAGCUGAAAGUGCUUUUAUUUGGCAACUAUUUUUAAGUCAAGGAUUAAGAUUUUGGAAUUGUGUUUGUCUGUCUUUCUCCUGAUCUUCUUCAUUGAAUUUAGAGGGUGACAGUGAGAAGAACACAGCUGGGGAACUUCACCAUACAGCAGAGAUUAUAAACAUGGAACAGUCAGAGUCAAGGGGCAGCUCCCAUCACUUUGCAGUGCUACUGCUUCCCUUCACAGAAUCAAAGAAUCCCAGAAUGGAUGGGUAAGGGUGGAAAGGACAACAGUGGGUCAUCUGGUCCAACCUUCCAGCUCAGGCACCCAGAGCACAUGGGACAGUGUUGUGUCCAGACUGGAAUAUCUCCCUUGAGGAAGCCUCCAUAAUUUCUCUGAGCAAUCUGUUUAAGUGCUGAGUCACCUGCAAAGUAAAAAAUUCACGUGGAACUUCCUGUGCAUCAGUUUCCUUCCAUGGCCUCUUGUCCUAUUGCUCAGCAUCACCAAGAAGAGCCUGGCUCUAUAAUCUUGGCAUCUCCCCCUUAGACACUGAUAUACAUUGAGACACUGAUAGACAUUGAUAUACAUCAGUCAUCUUUUCUGGAUGGUGAACAGGCCCAGCUCCCUCAGCCUUUCCUCAUAAGAGACACAUGCAAGUGGGAAAUAACCAGAUAAUCAGUUUCAAAAGGAAAAAAAAAAAGACAGUUUUCUGCCUUGUACUCUGUAAAACACGAUGCAGAAAGAGGAUUUCUGGGUUUGGAAGAAUUAUUUUUCUGAUCUGAAAGGUAUGUUUUACAAUGUUAGAAGCAUAUUCCAGCAUUUUGACCUUAGCACUGAAAUCCAUGGAUGCCCUGUUUGCAUUCUUAAGGGAUUAAUUUUGCCAUGCACAGAAGUAAAUACUAAGCUCUCCUUGACUUUAGAAGGAGAUGUUGCACCAAGCCCUAGAAGACUCCAAAUUUUUAAUACUAUGGUGCACCUCCUAGGAACCAGCAACCUGCGUAGUUCUGACAGAUAAAACAGACUUUAAUACUAGUGGCCACUUGGAAAAUGAAGAUAGUUAAAGUUGCCUCUGCCAGAGUGUUUUCCUGCAUGUUUCUCUGAUUUGCUUUUCAUAAAGUCGUCUGGCCUUGGAGCACUUAAGUGUCCCCAUAAAUGUAGCAGUGGCCACAGUCAUGUAGCAUUAAUUAGCCUUGGUAGUUAACUGUCUUAGAGAAGAAAUUACUCAACAUUCUUGUUAAUAUUAAUGGCUGCUUUUCAAAUGUUAACUUAAGUGCUCUAAACAGGGUGUUACUGGUUGUUUAUGGCUAAUGUGAAGCUGCACAUUAUUCAGGGUGCUCCCUUCAUACACACAGGGUAUGACAACUCUAGCAGGUCAAAGACAACUCUAGCAAGGUCAAAGACACUAUAAAAAAAUCAUCUUAAGCUUAAGAGGUUAAAGUACUGUGAGCACACCACGCUGCCAUGCACAUCCUGCUCGUGUAAAGUAAGCACAGGUCUCAAAUGAGGAGGCAAUAGGUUUUGCUACAGAUCCUUCAGAAAUCUCAUACACCAGCUACAACAAAAGACACUCUUUCCAUUGCAGGUGAAUUGAUUUGAUUCUUUCUUGGUGCAGAGAGCGACAGACAUAGCAGCUACAGCCGAAAGGGAAAGAAAUCUGGAAGGCUUGGUGCCCAAAAUCUAUAAGCAUUUGUACAUUAAUGAUGUGGUUUAGGAAUGGUAUUCCCAAUUCAGUGUUCCAUUUUUGCUCACUCCUCUCUCCCUGUGGCAGGCUGGAGAGGAGAAUUUGGAGGCACAGUAGGUAAAGAUCAUGGGUUCAGAUAAGAACAAUUUACUGGAAACAGCAAUGGAAUAAGAAAAUUAACACCUUCAAUAAUAGAACGGGCACUAUGUGACUGUUUCCUUACUGAAAGAGACCCCUUCCCUGGUCCCCAUGAUAACCCCCCAUGCUGUUAGCCAUGCCCUCCUCUUGGCUUCUGCAAAAAUUACCCGUGUCCUGGCCAGAACCAGGACAAUCUACAUGCAUUGCUAAAGUCUUUGACUCCCUGUCAUUCCCAGGAGCAUAGCUAGCACUGCCAUACUGACACCAACAGUGUCAGUGGCUGGGAGCCCAAUCCUGCAAAUACAAGAGAUUGCAUUCAUCUGUGGAACUGCUGUGCCCAUAGCACGAAAGUUUCCUUAGCUCAGCAUGGAAACAAAGUGCCUGGAAAAGGAAGCACAGGUGUAACCUGCUAAGUCUACUGACUGACACAAGCACUUACCUCCCCUCACCAUGCACAACACACCCUGCCCUCCUAGCUUGCCCCAGGCUCUAGCUAAUUUUGAAAAUGAAAAAGAAACUCUAUGUACUCAGUAGCAAUAAAACAAUGCUUUGGGCAUAUGAUUCAAGCUUGCUGUCAUGCUGUAAAGCUUACACAAAGGACUCAGGGCCAUACCAGGGACUACUGAGCACACGCAUGACCACCACGCACAUCUCUCUCGCUACUUACGCACACUUCACUGCUUCCUUGGUUUGAGAGUGGCUGGAAGUGCAGGGCAAACUGACUUUGGUGCCAUUUUAUGCUCAUGCUACAUUAUCAAGUCUUUAAACUAUGCACAUUUUUAGGUAAUGAACCAAACAUGAGUCAGCAUUUUGCGAGAGAAAUGGAUUGAGAGCAUUCUGUGUUUCUAUGGUGCUAGGUGGGCCAUGGUGUAAUAUAUGUUGAUGACUACUUUUUGGAGGCUUGCUUUUCUUGUCCACUGUAUUUUUAAUAAAUACCAGUUGCAAUGGA